AUGUCAACUUAGUAUAGAAUACCAUCUAACGAUAAUUAUAUUCGAGACUUAGAAAACAUUUCUCAAAGAGAGCGUCAUGGAUUGUUUAAUCAGCCUCCUCCAUUACUAAUAGGUGAUUAAUAUAACGACGCAUUAAAAAGCUAAGGCAAGGAGAAAGGUGUAUUGGUCAAUAAAAAAUUAUAAAAAAAGCAUGAACCUACUUUAUUUUUAGAGCCUGGAUAUACAACAUUAAAUGAUCCUUACAAAGAUUAAUUUAAAGCCAAAUAAAUUUACGACAAAGAAAGAGAAUUAGCAAUUAAAAAUCCAAAUUGUUUCAAGCCAAAUGAUCAUGUUAAAUCAAUUAAACAUUCAGAAUUUGAACACAUGAAAGAAUUCAAUGAUAAAGUAUUUAAUACAAGAACUCCAAAAGGAGAUGUUAGGACUUAAGCUCGAAAUUUCUUAACCAAUCCUGCAAAGAAAGGAUUAGGCAGAACAACCACUAAUAAUUUAUUUGGAUAAAUUGAAUAUAUACCUGAUCCGUAUGACAGACAAGAGGAAUUAGAUAGAUAAGAUAGAAUUAAACAUAGAAGCAAAUUUUUACCAGGAACAACUAGGUUUAUUACAACAAGUCACGGCAAUCGACCAUUUACGGCUGAUGGAAUAUUACUUGAUGGAGCAGGAUAUUUAUCAGCGAAAAAAAGACCACUGUAUAAAGGUGCCCCUUUUAGACCUGCUAACUAAAAUAAAAAUGGAUUUUAAGGAACAUUUGAAGUGCUCUAAUACAUGGAAGAAGGUGUACCAGAUCCUAAAACGAAAUAAAAUACCUUCUAAAAAUUAAGUGCCACUUAAACCUAUGAAAAUCCUUGGAGACCAAAUUCAAAUGGAACCUUUGCUCGACCAUGUCCUAGUGUUUCGUAGCAAUUAAGACAUAGAAGCGUAGGAUCAAAUUAAAAAUCUUGA